UUAUAUAUUAUUCUGCGGCUUUUUAAUAUUGUGCAAAAAGGAAAUACCAGAGAUCUGACCAGCAGGAAAAGUAAAAGACAACAGACUGGGGAAAGUUAAUAAACAGAGAGGACGAGAUGAUACGACUGCAGGCAAGAUUUGUGCAACUGGUUUUCAUUUUCGUUUUUACGCUGUUCUGGUCCCAAGCGAGUGCCCAGCAGUGCUCAUCUCGGUGCUGGUGUCCGACCGAGCCGCCUAUGUGCGCUCCCGGGGUUCAGCUCAUACUCGAUGACUGCGCGUGCUGCCUGGUUUGUGCCCGGCAGCAAGGAGAAGCUUGCUCAGAGAAAAGCCCCUGCGACACACACAAAGCACUGCGCUGCGAUUACAGUGCUGAUCCGAGGAAGAGAGUAGGAGUCUGCAUGGCCUGGGAAGGAGACAUCUGUGUCUUUGAUGGCUCUGUCUAUCAGAAUGGUGAAACAUUCCAGCCUAGCUGCAAAUACCAGUGUGCCUGCAGAGACGGCCAGAUCGGCUGCGUGCCACGCUGCAACCUGGAUGUGCUGCUCCCAGGACCGGACUGCCCCUUCCCCAGGAAAGUGCAACUUCCAGGAGAAUGCUGUGAGAAAUGGGUGUGUGACUCCAAGGCAGAAUCACCCCUUGGGGGGUUUGCGAUGGCUGCUUACAGACAGGAGGACACCUAUGGAGUUGAUGGCUUUGAUCCCAGCGUUAACUGCAUUGAACAGACAACGGAAUGGGGUGCCUGCUCCAAGUCGUGUGGAAUGGGGGUGUCCACACGGGUCACCAACAGGAAUCGCCGCUGCGAGAUGGGCAAGCAGAACCGCCUGUGCAUGGUCAGACCUUGUGAGAAGGAAUAUCAGAAGCAGACAAGCAAGAAGGGGAAAAGGUGUUCCAGAACUAAGAAGUCUAUGAAGGCAACACACUUUGAGUUUAAGAACUGCACCAGUGUACAUGCCUACAAACCCAGGUACUGCGGCGUGUGCAGUGAUGGAAGGUGCUGUACCCCGCAUAGCACCAAAACUGUGCAGGUGGAAUUCCAGUGCCCCAGGGGCAAAAUCAUCAAGAAGACAAUGAUGUUCAUCAAUACCUGUGCCUGCCACAACAACUGCCCAAGGGACAAUGCUAUCUUCCAAAUGUCAGACCCCAUGUUCAGUGGAUAAAAAAUAUAAGUAUUGUGCUACUUUUUUUUUUUUUUUUUUUUUUUUUUACAGGUGGUUAAUGAAUGUGGGUGUCAUUAUUCUAAAGGGAAAGUGUAUGAAAGCACAUUUACAUUUUAACAGUACAGUAGUAUCAAGCACACAUUGUAAUUCGGAAACUACUAUUGUAAUAUUCAGAGCCAGUACUCAUAUACUCUGUUACAUAAUAUAGCCACAUAAACACAUUGUUACAUCAGAAACUUCUUAGUAAUUAGAUGCUUUUAAACAAUAUAAGCUUAAAGGUGUAGCACCCCAUAUUUAUUUUGCUUCAUUGGCUAUAACAGAACUUUAAGAUUGAAUUUAUAAUACUGCUGCAAGUAUUAGUGACAUGAUUGGGAGCAAGCAUGUGUCCCUGUAGCUAAAACCGGCUUUGAUUUAAACGCUGGACCUCAAGGUAGAGAGCUAGAAUAAUGCAAGACCCUACAUUUACACUUUAGUUGUACCAUAUUGUGAAGCACUGCAAAUUUAAGCAAGAAAAAAACCCAGACAUUUCUAAGACUAAAAAUGCAGAACAUUGAUAAAAGACUCUGAGGACACUUUGUUAAUUUAAUUUGCGGCGACAGACACUAUGAAUUGCAAUGACAAAUUAGCA